GAUGGGCGGGCCGGAGUGGCAGCCGCCGGUCUUCUGCUGCGAGCUAAGGUUUGGAGAGUCGGUGGGGGGACCGCGAGUGGAGCGCGGGAGCCCGGGCGGCGAGCGGGUGUGAGCUGCCCGAAAAUGCACUCGGAUGCUGCAGCUGUCAACUUUCAGCUGAACUCUCAUCUCUCAACACUGGCAAACAUUCAUAAGAUCUACCAUACCCUUAACAAGCUAAAUCUGACAGAAGACGUUGGCCAAGACGACCACCAAACAGGAAGCCUGCGGUCCUGCAGCUCUUCAGACUGCUUUAGUAAAGUGAUGCCACCAAGGAAAAAGAGAAGACCUGCCUCUGGAGAUGACUUAUCUGCCAAGAAAAGCAGGCAUGACAGCAUGUACAGGAAGUACGAGUCAACCAGAAUUAAGACUGAAGAAGAGGCCUUCUCCAGUAAGCGGUGCCUGGAGUGGUUUUAUGAGUACGCAGGAACCGACGAUGUGGUGGGUCCUGAGGGCAUGGAGAAAUUCUGUGAAGACAUUGGUGUUGAACCAGAAAAUGUAGUCAUGCUUGUCCUCGCUUGGAAAUUGGAUGCACAAAACAUGGGCUAUUUUACCCUGCAGGAGUGGCUGAAAGGAAUGACUUCUCUACAAUGUGACACAACAGAAAAACUCAGAGCUACUUUGGAUUACUUAAGAUCAUUAUUAAACGAUACAACAAACUUUAAGCUCAUUUACAGAUACGCGUUUGACUUUGCACGGGAGAAGGACCAGCGCAGCCUAGACAUAAACACCGCCAAGUGCAUGUUGGGACUGUUGUUAGGAAAAAUCUGGCCCCUUUUUCCAGUCUUUCACCAGUUCUUAGAGCAAUCAAAAUAUAAAGUGAUCAACAAAGAUCAAUGGUGCAAUGUGCUAGAGUUCAGCAGAACCAUUAGUCUGGACCUCAGCAACUAUGAUGAAGACGGAGCGUGGCCAGUUUUGUUGGAUGAAUUUGUGGAAUGGUAUAAAGACAAACAGAUGUCCUAGGACUUUAUGCAUAGCAGCGAGAGAGUCACUGUUACCACGGUUCCGUCACCCAUUAGCCAUAAACUGCUGUUUGUAUGAAGCGCAUGCUGCUUUUCUUGCCCUGUCUGCCUCCUGCGGGAGUGUUUUGGUGUUUGCUAUUGAAUGGGCUCUGCUUGCUGUGUAGCAUUGUUCUCUUGGAGGCUGCUUUGCAGUCCUUUUUCACACUACAGAUCCUCGGUGGAUUAGCCAGCGUCCUCACUGUGAUUCCGUGUACAUUGCUGUUUCAAUUUUGUAUAUGUGUAUAAAAUGAAAAGCUUCACCUAGAGAUUAUUUCUGCAAAAAUGUAUUGUAAAAAUAAUUUUGUGGCAUAUUUCUAGUCCCUUUUUUCCCCCCAAAUGAACCAGUUAUACUUUAUUUCAAAUGUAGCAUUUCAAAAAACCGUCCCCAUGAGCAAAUAUUGCCAGCAUUAACCUCAUUGCUAGAGAGGCCGACUUCUGGGAGAAGUGGGAGUCAUGACUUACAGUGGCAUAUGCCAAAUAUGACUUGGUUUCCUUGACAACUUUGGUGUUUUAAAGUGAUAAAAAGUUAUCACUCUUUGAGCACACAGACAUAUAAUAUGCUACAAAGCAUUUCUAACACAAAGGUAUAGGUUUAUGGUUUUUUUAAUUAUUUUUUUCCCCUUUUUUAAAAAAUGUUUAUACUGUUGGUAGCUUGACCACAGUUUCAAGUGAACAAAUUAAGAUUGCUCCUUCUUUGAAGUUGAAGCUUAUGUUUCCAUAAACCUUUCCCGCCUCCCCUUUGGGCUGCUCUGGCAGUGUUCGGGCUGCUGAAGCUCUGCCGCUGUAAGGAAAAUGUCCUUUGCCACGCCCAUGAGCCUACUGGUUUGCUGGCGGCUUAUAACUGCAAAGCACUUUUAGCUGUGUCUGGAGUGUUUUAGUUUCUCUUUCACGGUAUCUGUAAUCUUCCAGACCACAAGUGAGAGAUGUUUCGUUUUCUGUCUUUGUUUCUUCUGUGCUAGGCAUUUCCUGGCAGCAUGUCCAUUGCAGGCAGUGGACCCAAACCACCAGCAUUGAGCUAACCCUGUUCACAUGGGGACCUUUCCCAGAGGGGCCACUUGUCAUUCCCCGAGUCACGUGUUCAGAAGGGUGAUAGCCAUUAUGUGGAUAAGAAAAACCAGAGCAAACCCACUGGUGUUUCUAGGUUUGUAUUUUAUGUCUUGUUUUUUAAAUUCUUAUUUGUUUGCCUUGCCCCUCUUGAGGAAGGGUAUAGUUCACAGGUUUUUCCCAAUUAUUUGGUGCUAUGACUCACUCAGUCCCUGAAGUUUGUGAAAACACAUCUAAAGAUUGAACCCAGUAAAGAGCUCAUGGCUUGUUUGCCAGGUGAAUGGUGUAGUGGGGUAAGAUCUGUGCCUGCCCAGGCAGGUGAUGACUGGAAGAUGUCGAGAUGAUUGGCCAAAAACAAAAGUAUUCUGCAUUAAAUGUGAGCCUUCCAAUGGCGUGAAAUGAGCGAAGCACACAGACCACGCUACCCUUGACCACACUGUCUGACAGUUUCUUUUCAAAGUGUUGCGGCUUUCAUAUUAUUUUUUUCCCUGAUUGAACCACCAAAGACAGAAAUGUUGUAUGUAUAUAUUGCUUGCGUGCAUCUACAAAAUCAUGGUGUGGUAGAAUGCAACUACUUGCUGCCUUCUACCAAAUGAUGAGGUUUGGUUUGCUGUGAAAUAAACCAGAAGUUUAAAAAAAACAACAACUCAAUAUUGCUGUAGCAUACUUAACCAUCCCUUGUCUGUAGUCUCACAAAUUAAUAUCUGAACACAAUGUAAGUCUCCUGGGGAACCACAGCUGUCGAGACUGCUAUGUGACGGGGGUACCAGUGCAUGCGGGUGCAUGACAGUGGGGACUGGCCAAAGGCAGGCGCAGCCCUGUGGAGGAUGAUUCCUUUUUAGGCGUACCCAAGGUUCAAGAAUCAUUCUUGACUUGGAUCAACUGUUGAUUGCCGCAAUGCAAAGGUGGACCCUAGAUGGAAUUAUUUUCAGUGUUGUGUGAGAAUCUGGAGAAAGUUUUAAACACUAAGCACAGCGAAGCUGUGAGUAAAGGGUUGUUACCAGGGUGGGAAAUCACAUUCCAUCCACAGUGAACAUUUCGAGGAUAGAGACUCAAGUAACAACCCUCGUGAUGCAUGGUAUGGAAGUCAGCAUUCCGGAGGGAUAAUCAAUAUUUAGAACUCCAAAUGCUCUCUCAUCUGCCUUGAGAACUAAACCUCUGUGACUGCUGCUCGCCCUUGGUUUUCUCAACUCUGCAGAGCUGUUUUUAUGGGGAGUCAGACCAAGUCAUAAGACACCUUUUCUUGAAGAGUUGCCAAGUUACGCAAGUUGAAUGAUCACCAAGAGCACUUACGGCCAACGUUGGAAGAAGUCGGGGGCCUUGGGCUCUCCGGUACCUGAGCUCCAUCCACCUUUCCUCUCUUCACUUGUGUUCCAGUGUGUUGCAGUGCCCUCUCGCUAGGGAAUGCGACUCGAAGCCGUUGACGCUGCACUAGGUAGAAGUCACCCGGCUAGAUUUCCCAGGUACCCAUGGUUAGCCUUAGGCGUGCCUCUUUUGAAGCAUGAACUCCAAGUUCAGUAUUUAUCAGUCUAACUAGACAAACCUCUAGAUUCUGGUUGAGCAGAUUUCUGUUGCCUCUGAGUCUCCAUCCUAACCGUACUUCUGAAGUCUAUACAGAAAGCUUUAAGAGUUUUAGUUUGUGCCAUGGUUUUUAUUUUUACAACUGCUAAAAUACCUCUGUAAGCCUUAUCCUUUAUCCUUUCAUAUGCUGUAUAAAAUUGUAUAGAAUUCAUUGACCAACUGAUGGGUUGGGUAUCUGUAAAUGAGACCAAAAUGUGGGUUGCUUUUUUUUUUUUCUUUUUUUUCAUAAAAAUAAUUUCUCUUGGGCGUUGCUGUGACAUGAACAGCCAGCCUCUAACUGUGAAUGCCUUGUGUCGUCAGUAUUUGCAUUACAUUCAUAGAAGUGUGCAAGUCCUGUGACUCCCAGCUUAACUAAAAUACUGUUAUGCCACCUAACUUGGGCACAGCAAACUGGUUUAGGUUCUCAUGGAACUGAUGUAAAAUGAUAUCCCAUAAAUAAACAAAUAUUUGUGUUUGGUUUCAGAA